AUGGACGCCAUCGAGAACCUCCUAUCCUGGGCCCAGACGCAAGGAAUAACAGUAUCCAACGUCGGUCCCCGCGCCCUCCCAGGAAGAGGCAUAGGAAUCGUCGUAACAUCACCACUCAAAAAAGACGACACAAUCCUAGACGUCCCAAUCCCCUGCCUCAAAACAAUCGCAACAACCCCAAAACCCCUAACCCGCCCCUUCCCAAAAGAAACACACGUCCACGCCCUCCUGGCCCUAGACAUCGCCCUCGACGCAUCCCCCUCCUUCAAAACCUGGUCCGCCGUCUUCCCAACCCCCCAAGACCUCUCCUCCUGCCCGCUAACCUGGUCCGCCUCCUCGCCGACCCGCCGACCCUCGCCUCCCUCCCCUCCCAAGCCCUCACCCUCUCAAAGCCCAGCGCGAGAAAUUGAAUCCCACUGGUCCUCGUCUCUCCACGCCCCUCCCAGACCCCGACGGCAAACUCACGUACGAGUCCUACCUCCACGCCUGGCUCCUCGUGAACUCGCGCACAUUCUACCACGUCACACCCAAAACCGCAAAACGCCACCGCGACGACCACAUGAUCCUCCAACCCGUCGCAGACCUCCUCAACCACGCCUCCCGCGGCUGCUCAACGAUUUCUUGCUGGUCGAGUACGGCUUUGUCAUGAACCAAGGCGAAAACGAGUGGGAUGAGGUCUGUAUCGACGACCUUCUGCUGCCGCGCCUAGGUGCCGCGCACAGACGACGGUUGGAGGAAAGGGGGUUCCUGGGGAAUUAUGUCAUUGACGCCGAGACGGUAUGCUACCGUACGCAGGUGGCGCUGCGGACGCUCGUGUUGCCGGCGAGGCGGUGGGCGCAGUUUGUGGACGGGUUUUCGGACGGAGAGGCGGAGCAGCCCGAGGUCGAUGCGUUGCUGCGCGAGAUGUUGUCGGCGUACAACGAGGAGAUUGAGUCCAAGAUUGAGACAGUGCGUGGCCUGGAUGAAGGUCAGCAGUUUCAGCGGGACAUGGUAGUGGCCCGCUGGAAGCAGAUACAGCUGCUCGUACGCGGCACGAUAGACAAGUUGAAGGCUUCCAAUACACAAUAA